AUGGGAGGCGAAUCUUCUCGCGAUUCAAUGUCCUAUCGGCUGCUUAUAAGGGAGUUGGUUCACACACUGCAAACGACCGCCUCCACCGAGUUGCAAACGGAAACCGCAUUGACAUUGCAACUGCUAGCCAAAACCAAUUCCGGCGCUUUGUUACUCUACGAGGAGAUCAGUAUCCCUGUUUUGGUCAAAAUGCUGCGACACCCGUUGGAUGUCAUUUACACGACCGCCUUGUACAUUCUGAAUCAGCUUAUGUGGCAUUUGCCCGAUUCCAGUCGUUCCGAGGUUCGGGCAUGUGAUGGUCAUCUGCAUCUGACUGAGUUGUUACACGAUGAUCGGCUGACAGAUCCGGACUGGCUAGUUAUUUGUGUGGAUGCGAUCCGGAUGACAGCGUACAAAAGUAAUGAGACCAAGCUGGCUUUGCUGCGUAGCAAUCUGCAUCCGGAUUUGGUUCGUCUGUUACGAACUUAUUCGAACAAUGCGAAAGUCGCCUACAACAUUGCACGUCUGAUCAAAGUACUCGGGACAUGUAAUCGGAACAAGGCUCGUUUGGUGGAAUGUGGUGCCGUUGAGGCUUUAACUCCACUUCUCCAAUCCACGAGUGAUGUGCUCCAACUGGAAACACUCUGGGGAUUGCGUAAUUUGAGCGAUCAAGCUUUUCAUCUGACAGGCACCAAAAGUCUCCUACUUUUGCUCAUCCAGUUGCUGGCCAGUCAGGAUGAAAACAUCUCGAUUUGUGCCGCCGGAUGCCUGUGCAAUUUGACGUGUCAGAACGCGCAUAACAAAGGUUUAGUGGUCGAAAACGGUGAGUGCCUUGUUUACUUCCGAAUAUAA